CUUAUUUAGUAAGAGAAUGUAACUUUCAUCACAAAAAAGAGUUCUUACAGAAUGUUCUUUUGUUUCUUAAAUUAAAUAUAAAAAUCAGGGAAAAUAGUAGUUGACUGCGAAUGGAACAAGAAGGCUUUGUUCUUGCCCUGAUUCGGCAAUCAGCACCGUGGAAAAUCGUAACAGUUAAUCAGCCAAAGCGGUUCCGUUCCGAGUUGUUGGACAUUCCCGUCAAUGUACCCUGAGAUCGGCGCCGGACUUUACCAGAUUCCGAUCCAUCGUCUGAAUUAGUUAAAGAGGGAUUAGAAUUUGGUAUUGGUGGUGCCAUUCGUGAAAGCAUUGAGGAAUGAGAUGAAGGUCUUCCAACAAACUACUACUUUCAUCCGGAUUCUAGAGUCGUUAUGGCGUUGCUCUGGGAACAAAAGUAUUUGGCGAAGAUUCUUUGUUCUGGUGGCUAUUUUGACUGUAUCUGCUUUUGCGUUUCAGACGCUUGUGCAUACUUAUUUAGUUCUACCUGACAGACCCUUUGGUUCUGAUCACCGAAAUGAUUAUUCAUUUUUCCAAUCCUCUAGUAGUUCCCUACAAUCCGGGGAAUCUCUCAAAGGGGGGACACCUCAAAAGGUUCACCUCAGUCCUACUAACUCAGUUAUUUCACCUGACGAGUCUAGCAAGUUAAUCGAAUCAUUCUCAGUUGAGCAAGAGAAUACAAAACUAGAAGCCCGAGUUCAAAAGAAGACUUCUGGAACUGCAAAUAAAAAGGACAGAAAUCUCGCUGAUGUGACGAAAGGUGGAAUGUCUUUAUCCUCUCAAAGGCAUGUUCCUUCUAAGCAGAAACACAUAUGGCUGUUGCCACCUAACGAGGCCCUUGUGCUAGCAAAGAGGGAGAUCGAUCAUGCCCCUUCAGUUAAUGAAGAUCCUGAUCUUUAUGCUCCUAUUUUUAGGAAUAUUUCUGUUUUCAAAAGGAGCUAUGAAUUGAUGGAAAUGACUCUUAAAGUAUAUAUAUACCGUGAUGGAUCAAGGCCUAUUUUUCACAAACCACCCCUUAAGGGAAUUUAUGCUUCUGAAGGAUGGUUUAUGAAGUUAAUGGAGGAAAAUAAGCAAUUUGUCACCAGGGAUCCUGAAAAGGCUCACUUAUUUUACCUUCCAUACAGUGCACGCCAAAUGGGAUUGGCACUCUAUGUGCCUGGGUCACAUGAUUUAAAGCCAUUAUCAAACUUUCUUAGGGACUAUGUGAACAUGAUUGCUGCAAAGUAUCCCUUUUGGAAUCGCACACACGGGUCGGACCAUUUCCUGGUUGCUUGCCAUGACUGGGGUCCUUACACUGUAACUGGACACAAGGAGCUAGCAAAAAACGCCAUAAAAGCUCUAUGUAAUGCUGAUUUGUCUGAAAGAAUUUUUGUUGCUGGAAGAGAUGUUUCCCUACCAGAAACUACCAUUAGGGUACCAAGAAAACCUCUGAGAAAUCUUGGUGGGAAUAGAGCAUCACUACGUCCAAUCCUUGCUUUCUUUGCUGGAAGCAUGCAUGGUAGAGUGCGCCCUACUCUCCUUAAGUAUUGGGGCAUUGGAAAAGACGAAGACAUGAAAAUCUACAAGCGUUUACCUCUAAGAGUUUCCCAAAGGAUGACUUAUAUUCAACACAUGAAAUCAAGUAAAUAUUGUGUAUGUCCAAUGGGCUUUGAAGUUAAUAGCCCUAGGAUCGUUGAAGCCAUAUAUUACGAGUGUGUUCCUGUUAUCAUUGCAGAUAACUUUGUCCUUCCUUUUAAUGAAGUUCUGGAAUGGAGUGCUUUUUCUGUGGUGGUGGCCGAGAAGGAUAUUCCCAGGCUGAAGGAAAUUUUAUUGUCCAUCCCCAUAAGAAAAUAUCUUACCAUGCAAAAUAAUGUGAAGAUGGUACAGAAGCAUUUCCUUUGGAAUCCUAGACCAAUAAAAUAUGAUCUGUUUCACAUGAUUUUGCAUUCAAUAUGGUUCAACAAGCUGAGCCAGAUUCAAACUUAGCAAAUAUAGAAGUCAUUUUGGUAAGAGUUGUUUAAUUUGAUUGCACAAAUCUUGUUUGGACGAAGUCAUAUAGAUGGUAUAAUGCAGCACUUCAACAGCCUUUUGUUUCUUAUGGACGGGGUUGUUCCUGUAUAAAAGCAUUGAUUCAUUUAAUGUAUUAAUUGGGUCGAACUA